AUGCAGCUCGCGGCGGGAGCGAUGCGGCCCCUCCUUACCAAGCUCGGCAAGCUGCUAUUGGAUGAAUAUUAUCUUGAUACGAAGGUGAAGAAAGGCGUCAGCUGGAAGUCAACACAGCCACGCACGGGCCGCUCCAGCAGAUCGGAAGGAGCGGGUCUCGGAAGGAGCGGCGGCCACGCCGAUCGAUCUGGCGCUCCAGCAGAUCGGAAGGAGCGGGCCGAGCCGGGAUGUCCUGAUGAAUUUGAGCAAGUAUCCAGAGGUAUCUUGAAGAAAUAUGGUGGAGUACCAUUAGCCAUUAUUACCAUAGCUAGUCUUUUGGCUAGUAACCAAAACAUUAAAACAAAGGACCAAUGGUGUGUUCUGCUCAAUUCUAUUGGUCGUGGGCUUGCUGAAGGUGAUAGUAUUGACGAGAUGCAAAGAAUAUUGUCACUUAGCUACUAUGAUCUGCCUUCACGUCUGAAGACUUGUUUUUUAUAUCUGAGUAUAUUCCCGGAAGACUAUCAGAUUUCCAGAAAUCGGCUUAUAUGGAGGUGGAUAGCCGAAGGUUUCGUACAACCUGAUAAACAUGGAACUAGAAUGUUUGAGCUCGGGGAAGGUUACUUCACUGAACUGAUAAACAGAUGUUUGAUUCAGCCGGUAAACAUUGACAGUGAACGCAGAGCAAAAGAUUGUCAUGUUCAUGACAUGCUGCUCGACCUCAUUCUUUCUUUGUCAAAUGAAGCAAACUUCGUUACUAUAUUGGAUGGUACUCAGCGUAGCACACCAAAUCCUCAAAGGAAGAUGCGCAGAUUAUCUCUCCAAAAUGGCAUGGAAGAUACUUCUGCCCCUCAGCUCGCUACCGCGAGCAUGUCACGGGUCAGAUCAGUUGCUCUGUUUCAACAUGCAAUUUGUGUUAUGCCACCCCUCUGGAAAUUUGAAGUUCUGCGUGUGUUGGACUUGGAAGGUUGUGAUAUGCCAGAAAGUUGGUACACGAUCAAUCUUAAGUAUAUCGGGAAUCUAUUACAUCUGAGGUACCUAAGACUAAAUGAUUCAUAUAUUCGAGAGCUCCCAGUGGAAAUUGGAAAGCUGCAAUAUUUGCUAGUGUUGGACUUAUUAGGAUCUGGUAUAGUUCAGUUGCCGUCAAGUGUUAUUCUGCUCACUUAUUUAUUGAACCUGCGUAUUAAUUUUUACACAAAGAUGCCGUUUGAGAUUGGUAAAUUGCUGUCCCUAGAAGAGCUGUCCACUCCGUGGGUGGACAGUAACAUUGCUAAAGAGUUGGGUCAUCUCACUGAACUUAGGAUGCUCCAGAUCGUGUGGGAAGGAAGAGAAACCGAUGGGAGUCUAGAAAAAGUGAUUGUGGAGUCCUUAGGCCACCUGCGCAAACUGCAAACCCUACUUAUUGUUGAUGCCUAUUCUGGCCAGGGUGUGAUCAUGCUAGAUGGCUGGGUACCUGCUCCACAGCUCCGUUCAUUUAGUUCAGGGGUUAUGUUCUUGAGACUACCGACUUGGGUUAACUCAUCGUCUGUUCCACUCCUCUCUAGCCUGCACAUAGAUGUCGGUGAAUUGAAGCAGCGUGACAUCCAGGUGAUCGGGAGGCUGCCUGUUCUUCGUGAUCUCUGGCUGACCGCGAAGGGAGAUGCAGGCAUUGAGUUUCUCCCGGAGGAAACGUUUGUGGUUAGCGCAGACUCAUUCCCGUGUAUAAAAGAGUGCAAAUUCUACGGUCUUCAGAUUCUGCCAUCUAUGUUCCCAAGAGGAGCAAUGCCAAUGGUUCAAUCCCUUCGGUUCACCGUCAGAUUAUCGUACAUGGUGGAUGCAGAGUGGGACUUCGACAUGAAGAACCUCCCUUCCCUUGAGCAGGUUGAUGUUGACUUCUCGUGUAAUGGAGGCUGCCCUGAGGCGGCGAAGGAACCAGAGGCUGCGCUCUGGCAGUUCGCAGCAGACACCAUGAGGCGGCUCACAGCAGACGCCCUGAGGUUCGCAGCAGACGAACAUCCCAACCGCCCUUACCUUCUCAUCCACUGA